AUGGCGACCUCGAUACGCAUGACAGGCCGACCCGCCCUCCGCCAGUUCGUCCGCCACUAUUCCGCGCCUCUGGACAGCUCCAUUCCCGCCUCGAAGCUGAAAUAUGUCCCCACGAGUGGCACCUAUCCCAAGGGCUUCCUCGUCUCCGGCACGCACGUCGGAGUGAAGCCAGCAAACAAAUCACACCCGGAUCUCGCCCUCAUCGCGAGCGAGCGACCCGCUUUUGGAGCCGCCGUCUUCACGACGAAUAAGUUCCAAGCCGCCCCCGUCCAAGUGAGUCGGUCUGUGCUCGAGAAACGCGGCGGGGCUGGCCUCAGGAGCAUUAUCGUCAACUCUGGGUGCGCAAACGCCGUGACAGGCCAAGGCGGCGUGGAUGACGCGUGGGCGAUGUCCUCCACGGCAUCGGCUCAAUUCCAGCAGUCCUCGCAACCAGACGACCACCUGGGACCGAACAGUCUGGUCAUGUCGACCGGCGUGAUCGGCCAACGUCUCCCGAUCGCCAAAAUCCUCAACAAGAUACCCGUCGCGUAUUCGAACCUCGCAGCCGACCAUGCCGCAUGGCUCACGACGGCCAGAGCAAUCUGCACGACAGACACAUUCCCGAAGCUCCUCUCCACGACUUUCACCCUCCCGGGCGCACAGCACGCCGGCAUCGAGUACCGCCUCGCAGGCAUGACCAAAGGCGCGGGCAUGAUCCACCCCAACAUGGCGACGCUGCUCGGGAUCCUCUGCACCGACGCGCCCAUCUCGGCCGACGCGGUGUCCACGCUCCUCACCACGGCGGUGAACAAGUCCUUCAACUGCAUCUCCAUCGACGGCGACACGUCGACCAACGACACCGUCGCGCUGCUGGCCAACGGCGCGGCAUCCCCCUCGGCGUCCACGGCACCCAUAUCCUCGUCCACCACGCCCGAAGACUACGCGGCCAUGGCGAACAUCCUGACGUCGUUCGCCCAGCAACUCUCCCAGCUCGUCGUGCGCGACGGUGAAGGCGCCACCAAAUUCGUGACCAUCCGCGUGCGCAACGCCCUGACCGAGACGGACGCGCGGGCCAUUGCCAGCACCAUCGCGCGCUCCCCGCUCGUCAAAACGGCCCUCUACGGCAAGGACGCGAACUGGGGCCGCAUCCUCUGCGCGAUCGGGUACACCUCGCCGGCGCUGCUCGCCUCGGGCGCCGAGUCCGUCAUACCCGCCAGGACGAACGUCAGUUUCGUCCCGGCGGAGAACUCGGCGUCCCGUGCCGAGGGCGUGCUCAAGCUGUUGAUCGACGGCGAACCGCAGGCCGUCGACGAGGAGCGGGCCAGCAGAUUACUCGAGGAUGAGGACUUGAUCGUCGACGUGGAUCUCCGGGUCGGCCAGGCCGAGGGCACGUACUGGACGUGUGAUUUCAGCCACGAGUACGUCACGAUCAAUGGGGAUUAUCGGACGUAA